AUGGAUUUUCUACUUACAUGCAUUUUUUUUUUUUUUGUAAGCCUGAUAUCCGAUGUCAUUUAUUGUGAGGAGGGGAAUAUCUUACCAUUCGGUGAAAUCCUAUCCAAUGUUUCAGAUAUAGCUAAUGUGAUUUCAUCCAAAAAUGAAAAAGGUGAAUCUUUUGAACCCUUUGUAGAAUCUAGAAGCAGAAUUAAUUUAAAAAUAGUCCCAUCCAAAAAAUUGAACAUAACAAAAAAUGAUUUGAUGUUUCUUAUGUCCGAGAUAAGACAGGAAAUUAGGAGACAGAUUAAUAUCCUAGAAGAUGAGUUAGAAGAAAAGGAAAGAUUACGGACAAGAUCCUCCUCUCUAUUGACAACUAGUCAUUCGACCGUUUAUUCCCCAGAAGAAGACGAGACUAAGGAUCAGGAGUUGUACAGCAUGGAUGAUUCGGAACGAGAAGAAACAGAAAAUCUUUUGGACUCUCUAAACACGUUGGAUAAAGAGGAAAACAUAGUACCACACCAAAAUACAUCUUAUGAUGUCGAAAUUGGUAAUGACAAAUAUUCAGAAUAUUCACAGAAUGUAAAUGGAAAUGGAACUCGAUUUAGUCAGAGGGUUCUACGAAAUGGUACCAUUUUGCAUGGCCUCAUUGAUAACUUUGUUAUUGUGCUACUUAUUUUCACAGUUUCGUUUAUCUGUAUACAAUUUUUGUUGAAUUUCCUUCCUACACAUUUGCGUGGUUUCCUUUUUCCAUUCAUCCGAUGA